AUGGCAAAGACACUCGCCGUCUUCGGAGCAACUGGCCAACAAGGCAGUUCGAUUAUUCAGUCCGUCUUGAACGAUGCGGAACUGUCGCAACAAUACCUCAUACGCGCCAUUACCCGUGAUGUCGACGCCGCCAAAGCCAAGCAUAAACAAUUGCAAAGCAAGGUUGUCGAGGUGGUGGCUGCCGACAGCUCCGAUCGAGGCUCUCUCGAGAAAGCAUUGACGGGCGUCGACACCGCCUUCGUCAUGACGACGCCUUCCUUCACUCCUGACGGCGAAGAAGUGGAGUUCAGCGCCGGCAGAACCAUCGUCGACGUUGCCGUCGAACAGGGCGUGGGAUACAUCAUCUUCAGCACCCUUCCAUCUCCUCGCGAACUCUCAGGCGGCAAGUACACCAAGUGCAUACACUUCGAAAGCAAAGCCAGACUGGAAAAAUACAUCCGCGGACUGCACCCGAAGGUCAAGAGCGCCUUCAUCUCGCCGGGCGCCUUCAUGAGCAAUUUCCAAAACAUGCCGUUCCUGGGUCCGCAGAAAGCGGCCGACGGCAAGUCAUGGGUCAGCACCGGGCCUAACUCUCCCAAGACUCCGAUCCCCCUGAUCGAUCACGGAGACAUGGGCAAGUACGUGGGCGCCAUUCUCGCCGAGCCGGACAAGUACGAGGGCAAGACGUUCUGUGCUUCAACGAAGAUGUACACCAGGCAAGAAGCCGCGGACAUCGUGUCCAAAGCCACGGGCAAGAAGGUUGUGUAUAAGCAGCUCCCGCCGGAGCAGUGGGCCAGCAGCCUGCCAUUCGCGCAGGACAUUCUCCUCGAGACUUUUAGCUAUGUGGAGGAGUUUGGGUAUUAUGGUCCGCGAAGCGAGGAGUUGGUCAAGUGGGCGGCGGAGAAUGCGAGGGGGAAGGUGACUACUUUUGAGGAGUAUUUGGCGGCGAACCCCUUGCUAUUGAAUUAG